GCAUGUGUGGUACCGUCUACCCAGAAAUACUGCGGAAAAGACCCGCCCCUAUUCUCCCUCUGAUUGGCUACUCGAUGCUAAAUGCUAACGUUAGCCUAGCUGUAAUGCUAACAGGCCGCACUAGAUACACCGGUUAAGAGCAACUCAGUCGCGGCAGCUCACGCUUCUCCCCCCGUAGUAUGAAGAGACGCUACCCGUUCUAAGGAACGGUAUCAUUUAGUUGGACUAACUCUAUAUAUUUUUAGAGCGAAUGUCGCAUUUACUUCGACGUCACGACUCCCAACAGCUGAUCGCUCGUCGUCAACUGUGCGCCACGAGUUGACAACACACAGCACGCGUUUCACCUUGUUGUGAUCCCAGUUCAACACGAAGACGGUCAGCUUUCAAUAACAAUAACACCACCUAGCUGAGAUGCCGAAAUAUUGUUCUGUCCCAAACUGCAAGAAUGAUUCUGGAAACGGCGGCGACAGGAAGAGCUUCUACAAGUUCCCCCUCCAGGAUCCGGUCCGGCUGCAGCAGUGGCUGAGGAACAUGCGGCGCGGCGACUGGGUCCCCUCUCGGCAUCAGUAUAUUUGCCACGAGCAUUUUGUGCCUUCAUGCUUCAAGGUGCGCUGGGGGAUCCGCUACCUUGAGAGCGACGCCGUGCCCACAGUCUUCCAGGACGCCGAGAAAAGGAAAGCGUCGGAUUCCAGCGAGAGGACGCCGAAGCGACUUCGCGCUACCGGCGAUCAAAGCGUAACGGUGUCGGUCGACGCCGCGGAGACGGAAAGCGAAACACCGCACACCGUGCGCCUGUACGAGAUCAUCGUGGACCCGUCACAGCAGGCAGAAACGAGCCGGCUGGUAGCAAGCGGCGUCGGGGGGUCUGACCGAUUCCCUUUCACUUUACUCCAGAUGGUCAACGAUCUAAGUAACGGCGAGGAGGUGAUCGUGAUGUCCGAAUGCCCCGCCAGUGAGGGUCUGGAUGAGCUCCUGAACAGAAUGCCCGCUGCGAUCUUAACGCAGGGCCACGUGCUGGUGAGUGAAGACGGGACUGGCACCCCGGAGGAGCCCUCGGACGCCCACGAGGACGGUGAAACCCAAGUCAUCGCCUACUUCAAGACCAUACCGAAUGUUUUCCCGGGAGAGGCCGCCGCCCAGCUCAGCAUGUGCCCGGAUACAGUGCUGUCGUCCGCUCUGAGCUCCAAGCCCAUCACGUCCACUCUGCCCAUAGUGUCCAAGCGCUCGGCGCCCUCCCCGACGUCCCUGGUCCUCUCCGCGGAGAAGCUGGACGAGGGAGAGGAGUACGAGGACAGCGGCGCGUCAGAGGAGGAGGAGGAGGAGGAGGAGGAGGAGGAAGAGGAGCAGGAAGAGGAGCAGGAAGAGGAGCAGGAAGAGGAGCAGGAAGAGGAGGAGGAGGAGGAGGAGGACAGCGGCGCGUCGGAGGAGGAGGGCGCCGGUGCAGAGCCACUGGAUCGCCAGCUGGAUGAGCACUGCUACCACAAGAGCAGUCUGAGCAAGGAGCAGCGUGAGGCGAUCGUGGCCGAGCUGCAGAAGAAGGUGAAGGUGCUGCAGCAGCGCCACCGCCGCCACAUGGAGAAGCUCCUGGGCCUGGAGAACACUGUGAGCCAGCUGAGGCAAAGCAACCUGCUGAACGAGGAGCGCCUGCAGCUGCUGGAGAGGGCUUACAUACAGACCAGCGCAGCGGUGUCGGAUGCCGGGCGGACCGUGGCCAUCAUCUACGAGCAGGAUGAUGCCGCGUACUUGUAUACGCCGCUGAUCGCCGUCGCUGGGAAGCUGUGAGGCUUUUUCGCCUGCCGUGUCAAUCGGCGACGGAGCCGAUGUCGCUGAAAAUAACAAAUUGAAUGUAGCGCGGCGGCGUGUUGUCGGAUCUGCUGGUAGCUUUGCACAAACGUGGAUGCGUAAUAUGUGACGGUGUCGAAUGUAGGGUUUCUUUUCUUUUUUUAAGCGCUCCACACUCUACCCUCCCCCUCUUCCUCCAACUACUUUUUGCUUGACUUGGAGUGUAUUUUUGUUUGUGAUGAUGCACAUAUCAAAUGAAUAAAACAACAAACUACCA